CAGCAACCUCCUUUAUUUUACUGAACAGCUCAGCACAAGAUACCGUUAGUGAGAUCUUAGAGGUAUCUUCUUUUAUUAUUCCAUAAAAUAUGGCCUACAUAAAUCUAUCCUGAGGUCAUACCUACAUGCCUACACACACACACACACACAUACUUUGAGACAGUUUUGUCACGCCAGUGUAAUAGGUAACACGUCUUCUUCAGGGAGGGUUAGCACAUGAACCUGUUUAUCCGGUUCCACAUUCGAACUCGGCAAAUACACAAAGAGAAUGUGUGCAUCUGUCUGCGCAAAUCUCAGUUGGACACUCAAGGUGUAAGAGCUCUUUAGAGAAGAGAAGGACCCUAGCUCACAGCUACGCAAAGAAAUUCAGUUCUAAAGGAUGUGCUUUUUUUUUAUUUUCCACUGAAAAACUUACACUGACUAGAGAAAUAUGCUCCACAGUCUUCAAAUGAGCAUGUUCAAGCUCAACAUAUCAUCUCCUCCUGUAUGGGAAACAGACUACAUAAACUGCCAUGUGAUUCCAGUCCACACCAUUGCCCCGUCUCUGUGACAAAGCUACCCAGUGAAGUCCAGUCUAUGAUCACUGUGAGGCCGAGUGUGUUGCGCUGCUGUGUGUCAAGGCCCAGGCACUGAAGCACACCUGCACAGAGAGGCCUAGGCUCUACGAGGCAGCUGCAUGGUGAGACCUACAAUCAAGGAUGGAGCUGAAAGUCUGGGUGGAUGGCGUAUUAAGAGUAGUGUGUGGCCUAUCUGAAGACACACCCUGUCAAGAGGUGGUCAUUGCACUUGCCCAGGCCAUUGGUCAGACAGGCCGGUAUGUCCUGGUGCAGAAGCUGCGGGGCACUGAGAGGCAGCUGCUGGCAGACGAGCGGCCACUGGAGAGUCUGGCCAAACUGGGCCAGCUGAGUAGCGAGGUCCAGUUCAUCCUGCGCCGUACUGGCCCCAGCAGCGGCAGCAGCAGCAGUGGCAGUGGCAGCAAGGGUCCACCACCGCCACCUGACCGCACCACCUCCCUGCCACCCCUCCCGCUCCCCAAAUACCUCCACUCUGCAGCCCCCAAACGCAAGGAGCUCCAAAAGGCUCUGACCUUUAACCUGGGCCCCUCAACCGCACCUCACACAAAGCCCAAGCCCUUUAAGAAGCCCCCUAGAGACUCCCCGGUGCUGAGAGGGGUGUCCCCGUCCCCGGAGCUUAGAGGGGUGUCCCCAUCCCCGGAGCUGAGAGGGGUGUCCCCGUCCCCAGAGCUUAGAGGGGUGUCCCCGUCCCCAGAGCUUAGAGGGGUGUCCCCAUCCCCAGGACUGAGAGGGAUGUCCCCGUCCCCGGGACUGAGAGGGGUGUCCCCGUCCCCGCCCUCCUCCCAAUCCCCAUCGUCUUUUCCCCCGAUUCCUCCUCCCUCAUCUUCCUCUCCGCUCCUCCCCUCUAAAGAGGACAUUUUCCGGCAAGUUCUCCAGCAGCAGGCCGAACUGAGAACUCUGGGAGAGCAGCUGGACUCCGUGCAGCAGGAGGUGUGGGUCUGGGAGCAGCCACCUCCUCCUGUCCUUCCACCACACCUGCUUGAGGAGCUCGACCAAUUGGAGGAGGCGGUGAGGCGGAACAAGGCGGAGCUCGCUCACACGGGCCACUGGGAGGUAGAGCUCACGGCGGAGGAGGAGCGGGAGGAACUGAUGUAUAAGGAAGUGGAGAAGCUCAGAAGGCUGUUGGAGGAUGACGCGCAUAGGCUCUCGGACUGUGACAGCCAGGCCGGGCAGCUGGAGAGGGAUCUCCAGAUGCUGCAACAGGAGGCCCAGAAGAACGGACUCAGGCAGGCCCAGAACACGCAGGACUCCAUGGACACGGUGCACGGGGAGCUGGAGAGGAGAGAGACACAGGAGGCUGAGCUGAGGAGCACGCUGAGUGAAACGGAGCAAGACUUGGACACAGCUUACAAGAUGCUGCAGGUAAAGAGCCAGGAGCUGGACGAACUGAAUAAAGAGCUGAGGCAGUGUAACCUCCAGCAGUUCAUCCAGCAGACAGGAGUUCCACCCAACCAGCAGACUGACCUACAGGCAGAGACCGAGUUCAUCCAAGUCUCCCAACUGGUGCUGGACACAGACACAGACUCAGAAGAUUCUGGGUUAUUUUCCUCAGACUCUCAACACCACCUCACAGCCAGAGAGAUUCUGGGAGACUCUCGUAGCCUACACAAACCAUUAGUGUUGGCAUCCAGGGAGCUACCAUGGCGAUGAAGAAGAAAUUCUGUCCUAUGGAAAUAGUACGGCCUUCUGAAGCUAUCAGUAUAUUUUAAAACAUUCUGGAUGUAUUUUUGUCCUACUAUUAAGAUGAUAUGCUUAUACAGUAUGUAUAUAUUAUUCAAUCUCACCUUAAGAAUCACAUGUUUAAAAGACAGAUAUGCAGUAAUAUAUUCUUUCUUGAUGUAAACAUCUUUAAUUAUUUACUUACAUGGGGAAAUAAAUAAAAAUAUAUUUCUUA